GGUUACCUAGAAGAUUAAUAAGAAUGAAGGUGAAGCUAGAUGUUCUCAUCUCUACCUGUAUCAAGCAAAGAAAGCCAUGGCCUCACAUCUCAUGGAUUGGACAGGAAAAAGAGGCUGUUUUUCUUCUAGAUGAUAAAGAUAUACAUGAAAUUAACCUGGCAUCAGGGAAGACAAAGAAGAAAAUCCCUCAGCUGCAGUCAUUGUUGAAAAAUGUAGUUGUUUUAACAACAUCAAGAAAUGGUGCUUGGUUGGCAGGGAUGCUUAAAACAGGAGAGCUGUUUCUUUGGAAUAAAGAUCAGGACUGUUUGAAAAUUGUGCCAGCAAUCGAAGAGUCUAGGACAGUAGUUGCAGCAGCACAAGAGUGUUUAAUGAGAUUGUAUUUGUAUGUAUCUGGAGAUGGCAGAAAGGCACUACUAACUACUCCUACAGCAUGUGUCUUUUUGUGGGAGAGCACAGAACAUGAAAAUUCAUCCUCUUAUAAAAAUUCUUUGUUUGGGCGUUGGACACAAAUUUUGCCUGAAGAAUCAGUCAUGUUGCCUUCUGCUGAAGAAAAAGAAAUUGGAGUGCAUGCUGCUUUCAUACAAAAUGAGAUACUAGGUGAUUGCUGUUUGUGUUCUUUUGUGUUUUACUCUGAGGAGUGUUUGGUGUUCACAUUUUUGGUUCUUCGAUGGCGUGAAAGUAGCUUCAAAUAUGUUAGUUCUUUGCCAUACCAGAUCCGCUGGAUACAGCAGACUUGUUCUCUUGUUAAUUUGGUUCCUCGGUGUGUGUCGGUGAAGUCAAGACAAGCUUUGCUGUGUGCAUUUUCAGGAGAUGGACUUCUGCUUGCAGUCGCUGUUAAUCAAACUGAUCCGAAGGCAACUCAAAUUUUGUUUUUAAAUACAUUGAAUUUUGUAACUGUUUCUGGUAGCCUUAAAGGUUGUAGUAGCAGGAAUAGCACGGUCCCAUCCAAGUUUAUCAGAUCUUACUGGGUUGCUGAUAUGAGUUGGACUCCAGAUAGCCUUUUCUUGGCUUGCAUGUUAAAACGUGGAUCUUUGAUUUUAUUGACAUGUAUGGGUGAAAUGCUGACCUUGGUUACUUCUGGCUGCUCUGUAGAAUUUGGACCAGCAGAAUUUAUUCCACUUCAUCCACUAAUAACGUACAGACAGCAGCAUUCUUUUUGUCAAGACUCUGGUCAGUCUCUUGGUUCUUCAGAUUCUGAAAGUGACCUUAUGAGACAGAGAUUCUCUGUUGCUUCACAUUCAAGAUUACCCUACCUCAUCGUCUCUGAUGGAUACAUGAUAACAGUGCUUAGGUUUCCUAACAACCUUUCACCAUCAGGAUUUGUAAGAUCCCUUUUGCUUGAUUCAACCCAACAAAUUGAAAAUAUCUAUCGGAAUUUGCUGAACUCCAAGUCUAAAGGGACGCCUCUGUUUUUAAGAUCACUGUUGUCUUUAAAAGCUAGUCUUCUAAAACAUGCUCCAGACCAAAGUUCCAUCUUUUCCACCAUUCCAAAAUUCCUGGAAGAGGACGCAACCGAAAUGAGUGAGAAAACCAUGGAUUUACUGGAUUGCGAAGAGGAAUCAGAUGACGAAAAGCAGUUUUGCAAUAGCCCUUCCAGCUUCUGUAGCCGAAGAACCCAUUCAUUUGUUGGUAAAGCAGAUCAAGGACACUUAGAAUUUGCAUCAAUGUUUGAUACUAUCCAUGCAAAAGACAAUACUGAAGAGAAAGAUGCAUCAUCAGUGGAACUCUCUUCCAUUCGGGAAAACCUCCUUGCUGCAUGGCAGAUAGGGAUUUCAAAAACUAUGGAGGAGAAAGAUACAUUGCUGAAUUACACAGUGAACUGCAUUAUCCAUUUUUUCAACAUUCUUCAGUUUGUGAAAAGUUCUUUGCUAAACCAGGAUGCAUCUUUAAAUAAGUCUGUGAACAAGACUCACUGGAUGCAUUGUGUCCUAAAAUGCUUUCAACAGUGUUUAACUGUCUUGCACUGGCAUUCAAGAGCCAGUCUAACUGGGCAUGUGGCAAAGUUGACAUUGCAAACUUUAAAACUGUUGCUUAUACAGCACCAAGAUGAAUUGUUCUCAAAAAGCCUUUUGGCAUGCUUCUGUCUUUUGAAAAUGGUUUCCCAUACUCUAAGUAGUGUGUGUCUACUACAGUAUGAGAAUUGUUUUGCAUCCCCUCAUGAUAAUAGUGUUGUGGAACUUGACUCUCUCACUGUGCCUGUUUUCCAAGUUCUUGAUGAGACUACUACUCAGCAGUUCAGCUCUCUGAAAUCUCUUCUUAGAGAGCCUCCUCGAGUGAACCAUGAUGCAAAAACAGAAAAAAGGUUGAUUGUACUGUGGCGAUUAUUGUAUAAGAAGGUGGUUUGGUAUCAGAUGCAGCUGAACAGAAAAGUGAACAAGAAUGCAGAAGAGGAGUCUGUUGUCUCAUUGCUUUUAGGUCAUAUACAAGCGACCCUCCAAUCUUCAGGAGUGGUGUUAGAACAGCAUUGGAAGAUUAAUUCUGUAUCUGGUGAGGAGAAGUUCCUUUUAGGCUCAUACAGAGAAUCUGUGGACAUCUGGAGAAGGUGCCUUUGCGAAAUCAAGGCAAAAGGAGGAAAAAGAACACGUUUUCUUCAAAGUCGAUAUUAUCUUGCAAUAUUAUUUUGCCAUCUGUAUGAAUACAACUUGAGUGAGGCUCAGGGACUCUGUGAUCAUCUGGUAGGAGAGAUUCUAAGGCGAUCACAGCUCUCAGUGUGUCAGAUGGAAAAAUUUUCUGAUACCAGGUAUUAUCAGCAUGAACUAUGGAUGGUAACAGAUGUUCAUACAGAAACUGCUAUGGCUGUGAUUCGAUCCAUGGCACGAUUCAUGGCCGCUUACUUCACAAAUCAGCUGCUUUAUAUCUUUCCACCACACCGGGUUAACAUCCUACCUCCACUUCACAUCCAACAAGACCGAUCUCCUCGUAUCAUUCCGCUGCAACACUCUUUGGUUACCAGAGCUGUCAGGGACCAGAACCUUUCGUCUGUGUGGACAGCUGAAUAUGCUCUUGAUUUGUUCUUUAUUGGUGGACUCAUUCCAGAGGCUGUGUGGUUAACACACAGACUUGGGGACUGGAAACUGGCUGUUUCUAUUGGUGUGACCUACCAGCUGUAUUGUCAGAAGUCUGGUGACUUCUCAAGAAUAUCUAUGGAUUUUACUUCAUUAAUAACAGUUUCAUGUUAUAUUUUCAGAUUGAAAAACACAGAGUGUUUACUGCCUCUAAGCUUAUCACCAAUGCAGACUUUUCAGGAAAAGUUAAAAUUUUUGUUAGGGCACCCAGUUACUUCUGAACCAUCAGGCUGUAUUAAAUACAAGCAGUUCACAGAUCCCAUUGAAGAGGAAGAUGCAGAUGUUCUUUAUAAUUCAAUACAGGAGCUACUGAAAGCAGCUGUUAUGGCAGAUGCAGAUAUUCUGUCAGAGACGUUUCAACUUUUGAUGGAUUCUGCCAAGGAUAUUAGCAGAAAGCUGUAUGGUUUAGUUCCAGAUGGGCUUUAUCUUCCAGCACCACCAUUGUACUGUCCUCAGCCAGCUUCUCUCAGUGAAGAAGACUGCAAUGACGUUCUUCUAAAAAUCGAGAGAGAAAGUCGUCAGAAAGUGUCAGGAGUUCUUCAGCGAAUUAUCUUGCUUUUCCGGGCUGCUCAUUGUUCCUGCCCUGCAGCACAGUGGUAUAUUGCACAACUGAAGUACACAAGAAAAGUUAUGCAAAAGAUUCGAAUGAAAGGAUCUCUUCCUUCGCUGAGUCCAUUUCCAGAGACUUUGCUCCGUUACUCCAAUUUCCACACCGUUUUCCAUACAUCUUCAUCUUCUGGAAACCAUCAGUUUGAUGAUAUGACCUGUAAAAUUUUAGGUUGGUUCAGAGAGCUGUGUGCAUUGUGUUGGAUGUUCCAUGUUCGUGAAAGGUUAUCUGACAACUGUCGGCGGUACCAAACUGCAAGGGAAAACAUUAACAAUCAUGAGGAUCUGAUGAAGAAUGAGUAUGAUGCCUCCACUGUUGAGCAUUGUCUGAAUGCAGUGGAGUGGGCUUGUCGAAUGCUUCCUUUCUGCAGAUUCAUGAAUGUUGAAGAAUUAGUUCAAGAUAUAAUUUUGAGUUUGCUUGGAGAAUUGCCACCAGUGAAAAAGGUGGCAGAGAUUUUCGUAAAAGCAUUUCCUAAUCCUGAAGAUAUAAGAGUUGCGCUGAGAGAUAAAUACCAUGCACUUCAGCAGCGACUCAGACACAGUUUUGUCAGAGGUCCUGAAAGUGAAGAAAUGAUGUCUGUUGUUAUAGAGGCUAUGGAAAAAGUGAGAACGAGCUCAUUAAGACGUGUAAUAAGGAACAUAGGCCCUAUAGAAAUUAAUAUUUGGGAGCCAACGGAAGAAGGAGCUGCAGAUGAUGAGGAACACUGUUAUGACAGAUUCUCAUUAGGCACUAGUCUAAGCAGAAGCACACUUACUGAUCUUGGAAAUCCUCAGGUAUAUAGUGAUGCUGACACAGCAGAUACACUUUCUGAUGCUUUGUUUGCUGAAGAAACGAGAGCUCAAACACCAUCACUCCAAAGGGAUAAUGAACAUCAGAGACAAGAAAAAAUAGGGAAUGAAAAUACCACGUGUAUGACAAAAGCUUUUAUCUGGAAAACAAAACAUAAAGACAAAGUAUAUGGAAAAGACAUGCAUAAUCAAUGUAAUUUGCCUUUAGUUGGUGCAUGGGAAUUUGAACGAGAUGAUGAUGAAUACGUUGUUUUUUUAGAACUCUUUUUGAGUUAUGUUCUUGAGAGAGAUCUGAUAAAGUACAGUGACCUUGGAGUUCCAUUUCUUACUAGCUUUUCUGAACUUCUUAGGGAACAUGAAUUAAACUCUCUCUUUUUUGAUGUCCAUACAACACUAAAACGUCGACAAGCCAAAACUAGAAGCCAGAGUGUCUUUAGAGCAGGGUCUUGCUAUACUGUAACCCUGGCAUCUUCUGAUCCUGAAGCAAAGUCUGGCUUUAAUGAAAACCAAAAUAGUCUGAAAAAUCCAACUAUUGCACAGACAACAGAACCCUCUCUGCGUAAUGAAAAGGACUUAAUGAAAGGACUUAAUGAAGGAUUAUUUGGUUUAAAGCACAGAUCAAUUUACAGAGCUCAGAGUGACAGUCAAGGAGUCACUGUUGCACCAGCAAGCCAGACCUUUCCUAUCCAUAUUUUCUUUAGCCUGCAAACUGAGGCAACUUGUAAAUACAUUUACAAAACUGUUGAUCCAGUUGAUACUGUACCAGGAGAAGAACUGGCUAUAGAAUUGAUGGAUAAGUUGAACAAUAUUGCAAAAUUGCUUGAGUGGAUGAUCAGAUGGUCUGAUCAGAGGCUGCUCUGUCAUUCCAAUAAACAAGAUUCCUUAGAAGAGAUUCUCCCAAUGAUACAUGUGAAAACGUCAGCAGCUGCUGUCCUUACUUCUUUGUGGCUACUAGAGCAGUUUUACGGAGAUGGAGCUGAAGCAAAGAGCAUAAAAUAUAAGAGUCUGGAUAAUCAGUAUCUGAAAGAAUCUGCAUCUGUAUCAGAAGCCGAGUCUAGGACAGAGAAAGAAAGUAGUACAGAUGAAGGCUCUUCCAUACUGGUCAGUCCUCUGCCUGAUGUCCAGAGUGUACAACCCUCUGAUCUUUGUGAAGUUGGUUUUGGAAUGUCUACUAAGUCAAAAUAUUAUAAUAAGAAGGAAAUUAAUAAUGGGAGUUAUUCUGUACCUCACAUGACUGAAGAUCUUAAUGAAGUGAGACCAUUUGUUCAGGAGGAGUUAGAUGUAACAUCAGAAAGAGAGUUCUUUGAGGAGCCAUUUGAAACUCCAAAGAGCACCAGUAGCUCUAUCAAGAUCAAACCUUUGGAGCAUCAAAGAGGAAAGGAGCUUUCUGUUUCAGACAUAGAUAGUGCCCAGGAAGAUCAAAAGGCUGAAAAAACAAAAGAAGGGAACGCUCAGCAGAAUGUUGUGACUGAGGUUGCUACUGGCACCAGUUCUCACUCAGUCUCUGUAGAACAAGAUGCAAAAGUUCCCAGUAAUAGAGAGAUUUCUCUAAGUGAUGGUCAGUCUUCUCAGACUGUUGUGUCAUCAGUGUCAAGUGUUUUCUCCACUACGUCCAUUUGUACAAAGAAGCAAGAUGUCAAGGAAGAGUUCCCUGCAGAAGAGAAACUAAACACAUCAGAAACUGUCAGGCAGAUGCUCCAAGAUGAAAUGUUCAAGUUAGUUCAGCUACAGCAGAUCAACUUUAUGAGUUUAAUGCAAAUAGUGCAGUCAUCCUUUGGCAACUUGACAAAUGCGCAACAAAUUUUGCAACACAAUCAGUCUGUUCCCCUGGAAGGAGGUCAGCCUGCACACGCUACUGAAGAUAGUGGCUCUCUGAAAACACAGCUGCCCCCUCAAGAAGAUAAAGGAAGACCUGAUCUACAGAGCUCUGAUCUUCAACCAAAGAACAGUGUAAGAGAGGAAAGCAGCAAUGGCCAUAUAAAAAAUCAUCUGGAUGUUAACGUUUCUUUAAGCAGAUUAGAAAGCCAAAGCAAAGAAACAGGAUUUAUGCCUCCAUUUCAAGACUUAUCUUCUUCAGCAGUCACAAAACCGCUUCAUCUCCUAGCUUCUUCCUCAGAUGUCCAGAAAACACCAAAGCUUAUCCCUAUAGAAAAAAACAUGAAGUACUCAAAUGGGUUUCCUUUGCUUAAGCUUGAAUCAGGUCAUCAUUUCAAACCAGCAUUUUUACAUCCAAUACAAAUGUCAUCGGCUUUUGCUAGACCAGUACCACGAGUUGCCUGGAGUUCAUCAGAUUCCUUAUGGAACCAUCAGUCAUCAGAUAUACCAAGAAAGAGUAAAUCAAAAGAAGAUUUGAACAUGCGUAGAUAUGACCCUAAAAUCCCAAGGCAAAUGCCCAAGAAAGAGGCAAGAUGGGCAGACAAAGUGCACAAGGGACCUCCCAAACACCUGAAUCUAGACCAGUACAAAGGACAGCAAGAAGUUUCACCUCAACAGCAGUCCUCUGCAAAUAUGAAUAUGGACAAAGCACUGAUCACUCACAAUCUGGCUGGUAUUCCACUUUUGCACUUGCAACUUGACCCACUACGUAGGGUUCCACCAGUUGUAAGGCAGCCAAUCACUGCUACUUUAAUACCUGUUAAACCUGAUACAAAGGAGACUUACUGCAGAGAAACAGUACGGCACACAGGAAUAUCACUACUCCAUGCUAAUUUAUCUCCAAAAAAGAAGGCACCAAAACUCAUUCCAGUUCGAGACCUCAUUGCAUUUGAACGUCACCAACAUCAUACUGUGCCCAGUAGUUCCUGUGGGCAAGACCCACCUGAACCUAUCCAGUUACUAAAAACUGAUGUUGAGCCAUUUGAACUAAGAAAUGUGGACAAUAACAGAAAAAGACAAAAGAGGCGAGAUAAACAAAUGAAAGAGGAGGAGGAAAAGAAGAAAACAAGUGUAUCCUUCUGUCCAGCAGACUCCAUCAUCAGUAUUAGUGAUACCAUGACAGUUGUUGAAUCAGGGACUAAGGAUCAACAAGCAAAAUCUACGUCUUACCUUCAAGAUGCUUUUUGCAUUUCAGUGGGCACAACAGGAGAAGCAAUUACUACUUCAGCAGAUCUACAUUACAUGGCUUCUAUGGGAAAAAAACCAGCAGAAACUCAAGAUGCAAGUACUAAUACUCACCCAGUGCUCAAACCAUAUCAGGAUAUUGGAACCAGUGCUGGAAAUGAGAUUUCUGAAGUUCAAAAAAAAGAGUCAGUUCUGUCUGUUCCUGUGUCAGAAUCAUCUAGUGCCCUUGAGAUGCUUCCACCAGAUACAUAUUUAAACCAGAGAUUCCCCUCUGAAGUGACUGAAAGGCCUUUAUCAUCCCUUCUGCUGGAUGUGCACGAUUUGAGUGAACAUGAAUAUGUCAGUGUGAUUGACAUUGAAGGCAGUAACGUCAUUAACAAUUUGCCCAUGAUACCUGAGUCUACAGAAGAGGUAGAUACUGCACUGCAAAAUGAGAACUUUGAAAUUCCAUCUACUUCAAGAGUUAAUCACAUGGCAUCUUCUGUUACUAGUGUGAUUCCACCCAAGAUGCUUCAGAAGAGAGAUGAUCAUCGCAAAAAUAUAUCAAGCCAAGUGCAACAGGAAGAUAAGAACUCAUAUUCUGCUGUAGACGAGGCAACUUGGAACACAGUACCUGAAGGUGACAGAAUUUUGUCUUCUUCAGGGCUUCCAGCCGAAGUAAUUGACAAAGAAUACUUUUCCACAAAGCAGCAGGACAUUGAUAUCCAAUUACAGACACUACAGAACAGAACAAAGGAGGAAGAUUUCAGAAAUACCAAACUGCUAGUGAAAUUAAUAGAAGAUUUUGAAAUGGCUGCUAAUUCAGGUCUUGGUGAUCGUCCUUCAUUCUCUAAAGAUGCUAGAAUCAUUGAUGAUGAACAUGAUUUGAGGGACAUGAUUUUUGAAGAUGUUACAGAUGAUGAAAAGGAAGGCUUAAACUUGGAAUAUCCUAUACCUGGUUUUACUACACUGGAAGUACACUCUCCUGCCUCUUCAGCUUCUGCUUCUAACUUGGCCAGUGGUGUAAAGUUGUCACCUGAUUUUCAAGUAAGCAGAGAUAUAUGUGAUAGCUCUUUAGAAGAUUGCCUGCAAAUGACGGGUCUGAGUGGUGUAACUGACAUCAUUAGUGAUCUUGUAAGACAAGGUGACAUUUCCCCGUUGGAGCUGGGCUUUACAAAAACACAAGCUAACAAAAUCUCUAGGGUUUGUGGUUCUGCUGCUGGACGUUCUCGGAAAACAGAGGAGAAGAAAGAGAUACAAGCAUGGAUGAAAAGAAAGCGAAGGGAAAGAAUGAGAGAAUAUGUGAAGAAACUGGAUGAACAAAGACAGAAAGAGCAUAAUCCAUUCAAUCCAAGAAAGAAUGUGCAUUGUAGUCCUACUUCAAAGGAUAUUAAAUACUUUCAGAAGAAGAAAGAAGAAAAAGACAAAGCCCUGUUAUCUGAACAUCACAGUGUGAGAAUGUCACAGGCACUUUGUUUGAUGAAUGAAAUGUUAUGUGAAGCAGUAGUGUUACCUGCAAGUGAACAUAGACCAUUGUCCAGGACAAGAACACCUCAAGAGUACAGAAAAAGGUGUGUGGCAUCGACUAAGGGAGGGCAUAUGAAUAGUCCUGGUCCUGUGCUGCCAGAAAGGAGCAGAAUUGCUGCCAAACCCAGCUUUGGUCAAAAAGUGCACCGUUUCACCUCAUCUCUUGGUUUAACACAGUCCAGGGGAAAUGCCUGUACACUCCUACCGAAAAGUACUUCUAGAGGAAGAGUGAGAAAUGCUGCAAACUCUCCUGUCAGUUCUGGGCACUCUACUGAGUACAGAGGCAGCAGAACAUCACAACAAAAGCCUCUACGUGUUGCCACUGCAGCUCAGGCAGAGGGUGUUGAUCAGGAGAGCGAUCGAGACAUAAUAAGUCCUUGGACUGUGCCUGAUGAUAUCCAAAGAAUACUUGAAGAUACUCAGGACUCCUUGUUUCAGGCCUCUGCACUUCAUCCAGUGAGUUUCUCUCCUCUUGGCGUUGUUGACACUGACAGUGUUUCUGAAAGCACAGGAAGUAUCCUCAGCAAACUGGACUGGAAUGCGGUUGAGGCUAUGGUAGCAGAUGUGGAAGACAAAUGAAUACAAUUUCUCAGCUGCUGUGCACUUCCAAACAGUUGCUGGUGUUUGGUUUCAUUUCUAAAAAUAAUCAUUGUUCUACUUAAAAUGGACUGAGGUUUGCAUUUUUCUCCUUAAGCAGCACAGACAGUCUCACUGUUUUCAGUCGUGCCUAGAUGAAAUUUGGUUCCUUAACAAGUAAUUUGCUCUCCAUAUGUCUUCAAGUCUACAAGAACUAAAUAUAGUUGAUAAAUGCAGACCAGCAGUCUUAAACAAGAACUUCUGGGUCAGCAACAUUAAAAAAUUAAUUCUGUUUUAAGAGCACUGCACAACUGUUUUAUCUUUGCGUUUAAUAUAAACAUCACUGUGGAUGAAGCUAUUUUUAUAACUUAGCAAUUGUGAUAAAGUGAUUUAAUAAAAGUGAGUUUAAAGUGA